AUGUCUUCAUAUACUCGUUUGUUACGACGAGAAUAUACGGGUAAUCUGUCAUUAAAGACGACCGAUCACUGCAUAAGAACUUCAUUGUUGCCAGAGUUUACCCCAAAGGAUCCCCCCAAACCACAGUUAACAAUCUUCGAUAAUGAACAAUUUCUGCUUGAACUUGGGGAUGUGCUUUCUUCAAAAGAAUGUGCUGAAAUAAUCAAGAAUGCAGAUAAGUGUAUAUUUGAAAAUAUCAGCGAUAAGUAUCGAUUUGGCAAGCAGCGGGAUAGUUCACGAUUAUUGGCACUGGACAAAACUUUGGCAGAAAAUCUUUGGCAGAGUAUAUACAGUGUGUUAUGCAACGAAAUCACAGAUAAAGGAGUCUCGAUGCAGCCACUCGGUUUUGACGUGGCGAGAGGGGUGUGGGAUCUACAUGGUUUGAACGAGGCAAAUAGAAUUAACAAAUAUUCUGGGGAAAGGAAAGGAUACUUUGGUCUGCAUAAGGAUGCCCAAUUCUGUCCAAAUGGUGACGAACGCUCAAUAAUGACUUUGCUAAUUUAUCUUAAUGAGGAUUUCAAGGGUGGUGAAACAUGCUUUUAUUUUCCACAAGAUUCCACUCUUAGCUCGAAAGGGAUGACUAUUAAAGAGGAAAUUAACUCGCAUGGUGGAUUAGAAAAAGGGUAUGAAUGUGUAAAAAUUAUCCCAAAAGUCGGACAUGCAGUUUUGAGCAGCCAGAGCAUCUUGCAUGAAGCUUUACCAGUUGUCAAUGGUACAAAAUACAUCUUGAAAACAGAUGUUGUUGUGAAACGUAGCUCAAAGGAAUUUGGAUUUGCAGUGGAGGAACGAGAGAAGAAAGAUUACAUGACAUGUUUGAAUUACUUCAGACAAGCGCAGCAACAAGAAUUACAAGGACAUUUUGACGUUGCGAGUGAUCUUUAUGAAAAAGCAUUGUCAAUUCGUUAUUGUUAUCCCAGUUGCAUCAACGAAACUCCUAAAGAUAUCGAUACCAGUGGUUACACAAGAUUUCCUCCGGAAGUGUGGUAUCAUGUCUUUGAAUUCCUGUCAGGAUAUGAUGUGCAAAACGUCGUGUAUGCCUACCCGGAGUUGAAUUUGGUUAUGGCAACUUUGGAACAAAGACAGAGGAAUACUGCCCCUAAGUUAUCUAAUGUUGGAUAUUUACCGAAGAUCCGAUGUCAAAAUGGGGUGGUAACCUCAUUUGUCUUUCCAGAUGCAGAGUUUUUCAAAGAAAACAAGAAUGAAUGCUGUCGCGUAGCCGCCAUGUACUCGUUCUUUCUUCUUGGCCAUUCACCACAGGACGAUGUCUACACGGUGAGAUAUAAUCCUGAUACUCAAGAGGUUUGUGUUGUUGCCUUGGAGACGUUGCUCACUGAUGUGUUCUAUGGUCGGAGAUGUUAUGGAUCCAUUUACAAUGUCCGACAACAGGACCCUGAAACAAAAGAUCCUAAGAAAGAUUUUGAAGCCAGCGUCGAUCGGAACUACAUGCUCAUGAAACAUGGAGCAGAAUUUACAGGAGUGGAACUACCUGAUAGCUUUUAUGCAAAGAGUACAGUGUAUGUAACAUCGUCAGAUUGUUAUGGUUAUACCUAUGUUGGUGAUGAUGAUGGUGAGGAUAGUGGGGAUAGUGGUGAUACUGAUGAUGGUGCCAGGAGAAGAAUAGGAGUCUACCAUGAUAAUUGUCUACCAAUUUAUGGUGAAGUUGACCAAAACUUUCCCAUAGAUCAAAUUAUGCAAUUCCUGCUCAUGUCUGCAGACAACAAUGAUGCAGGUGUGGAUGACGAUUGUCAAUUCUAUGAAGUAGUAAACAACCCAGAUCUGGACAGUGCUUCCAAAUAUUUUGAAGCAUUUGAAGAACCUAUGGACAGAUCGACAUCAGCCACACUUGUAUCAAAGCUAAGCGCGCCUGUGAGUUUUGAACCUAAUGAAAUAUGCAUUUGUUACAUGAAGGAUCCAAAUGAUGAAUCAGCUGGUAAACUAAAAACGAACUGCUCGACUGAAUAUUUUAACCACCUUGUGUUUGAUUUUCAAGAAUCACAACUAAAUGUAAAAUAUUUCAAUCGCUGUUCUGAGGGACCAGGUGUGUGUUCUGUGGAUGCAGUUUUGGAUGACAUGACUCACCUUGGCUGUACUGGGGAUUUGUAUGAGGCUGAAGUCAAUAUCGAGCCCCUUUUGUCGUCAGAUACGUCUUUUAAUCAUGCUUCCUGUCAGUGUGGACAUCCGCGUUUUGAGUUAGAGCAGUUCUCCGACCUUAGACGGUAUUCGCAUUUAACAUCUGUAACAGCAUAUGCAACAGAAAAAGAUGGACAAAUGUUUAUGUGGACCAUCUAUGAUGGGAUUGUUGCUCUUUAA